AUGCUGUCAUUCUACUUCCCUACGAAGCGAGUAUUCAUCGCGUUUGCUUUAAUUUCCCUUAUACUUAUUGCACUUAUCGCUACCUAUAACUACAAACCGGUUAUAAGUCCUCACGAAGACUAUAAUGCUCUCGGAAAUUAUGUCCAAAUAUCUUUUCUUCAACCUGAGUACUAUAAUAAACGACUGAUAUUUAUAGGAGACGUACAUGGAAUGCUGCAUGAGUUGGAGGAAUUGCUCAAUAAGCUAAAAUAUAAUAAGGAAAACGAUCACUUGAUAUUUGUUGGUGAUCUAGUAGCAAAGGGACCUCAUUCACUGGAAGUUGUGAGAUAUGUUUAUGAUCUCGGUGCCAGUUGUGUGAGAGGUAAUCACGACGACAAGGUUUUGAAAUGGAAACAUUAUCUGAGGCUUCUUGAAGAAGAUGGACUUGAUCUGAGUGAACAUAUUCAAAGGGGAUGGCUGCCUAAAGAUAUCGUGGCCGGCAGUGAGCAUGAAAAGUUGGCAAGAAAUUUGGACGAGAGUGCUUAUCAUUAUCUGCAGCAAUGUCCUUUGAUCCUCGAGAUCGAAGAGCUAGGAAUUUAUGUUGUGCAUGCAGGCUUGUUACCACAUAUACCCCCCGAUCAACAGAAACCAUUCGACGUCAUGAAUAUGCGCAACAUACGAAAUGAUGGAUCUGCGUCCAAAUCCAGGAAGUACGGACAACCGUGGUUUAAAAUAUGGAAUGAUGUCCAGGCAAAUUCGACAAGUCCAAAGACUGUCGUCUAUGGACAUGAUGCAGGGAGAGGAUUGACGCUGAGACAGUAUUCCUUUGGAAUUGACUCUGCCUGCGCCAAAGACGGUCAACUGACCGCUUUAAUCUGGAAUGAAGACAAGAAAAUUAUCUCUGUGCCGUGCACUAAAGACGCGAAUACAGAUAUUUUUCGACAUUAA